GAUACAUUCCAGCACGAACCUCGUCGAAGCUGAAUGUCCAGAUUGUAGGUACAAAACAGUCGAAGGAAUUACCAACAUCUUAAAUUUUUCACCUCGCUAUUUUGUGCUGUAUUGCGUGAAUAGCAAAAUAUUCAGCGCAUUCAAACAUGGCGACCAACAAUGUAGAUGCGAACGAAGCGGCCGUCAAAAAGGAGGCUCAUGAGUUAUUCGACUGUGUGCUUGUUCUAGACUUCGGCUCUCAAUAUUCCCACUUGAUCACCCGUCGACUUCGUGAAUUCAAUGUUUACUCGGAGAUGCUCCCGUGCACGCAAAAACUAGCGGACUUAUCAUGGAAGCCCAAAGGUAUUAUUCUGUCAGGUGGCCCUUAUUCGGUAUAUGAAGAAAACGCGCCCCAUGUCGAUCCUGCCGUGUUCGAUGCGGGCAUACCCAUCCUUGGCAUAUGCUACGGAUUGCAAGAGAUUGCCUGGCACUUCGGCAAAAACGUGUCGGCCGGAGAAAAGAGAGAAUACGGUCACGCAUCUCUAACGCUCAAUCCAAGCCAUGACGGCCCCGCGCAUGUUAGAUCGCUGUUCAAUGGAAUCGAGGGACCCAUUGAUGUUUGGAUGUCGCACGGCGACAAGCUGUCACACCUUCCAGAAGACUUUGUCACCAUAGCGACAACUGAUAAUGCCCCCUUUGCUGGAAUUGCUCAUACUAAGAAGCAAUAUUACGGUAUCCAAUUCCACCCUGAAGUAACACACACUUCCAAGGGUAAAGAGAUCAUUCGCAACUUUGCGCUUGAUAUCUGUCAUUGUUCGGCAGAUUGGACGAUGGGAAAUUUUGUCACACAGGAAAUCGAAAGAAUUCGAGCAUUGGUCGGACCAAAAGGCCAAGUUAUCGGUGCGGUGUCUGGAGGUGUCGACUCCACAGUUGCUGCAAAAUUGAUGCAAGAAGCAAUUGGAGAUCGCUUUCACGCUGUUUUGGUUGACAAUGGUCUCCUCCGCCUGAACGAGGCACAAGAAGUAAAGAAAACCCUUACUGAGGCGUUGGGCAUUAACCUCAGCGUCGUUGAUGCUGCGGACCUUUUCCUCGCGAGACUUGAGGGCAUCUCGGAUGACCCCGAAAAGAAACGAAAGAUCAUUGGCAACACUUUCAUCGAUUGCUUCCUCGAAAAAGCGAAGGAGAUUGAAGCGGAGGCCCACAACACACCAAAUGCUGGAGAAAUCGAAUUCCUACUUCAGGGCACGCUAUACCCUGAUGUUAUUGAGUCAAUCUCAUUCAAAGGGCCAAGUGCCACGAUCAAAACGCAUCAUAACGUUGGAGGCUUACCAGCGAAGAUGAAGCUCAAGCUGAUCGAGCCUCUGCGUGAGCUUUUCAAAGAUGAAGUGCGCGAGCUCGGAACAACUUUAGGUAUUCCCGAGCAUCUCGUCUGGCGUCAUCCUUUCCCAGGACCAGGUCUUGGUAUCCGCAUCGUUGGCUCCGUUGACCGCGAAAAGCUUCGCAUUGUUCGCGAAGCAGACCACAUCUUUAUUAGUGCUAUUCGAGAAGCCGGCCUGUACCGUCAAAUUAGCCAGGCGUAUGCAGGGCUGUACAGCGUGAAAGCCGUCGGUGUGGCCGGCGAUAAACGUGUGCAUGAGUAUGUGGUAGUGCUUCGCGCAGUGACGACGACAGACUUCAUGACGGCGGAUGGGUUCGAGUUUGAUUGGAAGUUCUUGAAGGCAGUCAUGAGGCGGAUAUGCAAUGAAGUCAAAGGCGUGAGCCGCUGUGUGUAUGAUCCGACCAGCAAGCCGCCAGGGACGAUCGAACAGGAGUAGAGAUGAGAUGGCACAAUGGUCCACACCCUGUGUUGGGACACAAGAUAGAAACUAACUGCGACCUUCUGUACUGGAGAGGAAUUAGAUAUACAGGCCGAUUUAAUGAGGACACUAGACUCGGGAUUCGUACUCGUUAGACAAAAUAUGCAGUAUCUCCGUGCACGAGAUUCACGAAUAAGCUCAUUGUCCUAAUAACACUGGUG